GAGGGAAAAAGAGAAAGAGAUAGGAAAAGUGAGAGUGAGAUAGUGAGAGUGAGUGAGAGAAAGAUAUUAGAGGAAGAAUACCAAAAGAGAGAGGGGAGUGUGUACGUCGCGUGGAGCAGGUAGUCGACAACAUCUUCGCUCGACGACCAUCGUUGUUGUCAAGAUGGCGUCGAAAGGGAAGCUGGCCACAGAACAUGGCCGCUCAGAUUCAUACAGGGUCGCCACAUUACCCAACAUUCGCGACGACAACAAAACAGCCGAUGGAAUGUACAAGUCGCGGCGAAAGAAGCCAAUGCGGAAGGGAGAAAAUUUGGACGAUUUGAAGCAAGAGUUGGACAUUGACUUCCACAAAAUCACACCCGAAGAACUUUAUCAAAGAUUUCAGACGCAUCCUGAAAACGGCCUCAGUCACGCGAAAGCAAAGGAGAACCUUGAAAGGGACGGACCGAACGCGUUAACGCCACCUAAGCAAACACCAGAAUGGUUAAAAUUCUGCAAGAAUCUAUUCGGUGGUUUCGCCCUAUUGCUAUGGAUCGGUGCGAUCCUUUGUUUCAUCGCAUACUCGAUCCAGGCCUCGACGAGCGAGGAUCCGAACGACGACAAUCUUUACCUCGGCAUCGUUUUAGCGGCAGUCGUCAUAGUUACCGGUAUAUUCUCGUAUUAUCAGGAAAGCAAGUCGAGCAAGAUAAUGGAAUCGUUCAAGAACAUGGUACCGCAAUUCGCGACGGUGAUAAGAGAAGGCGAGAAGCUUACACUUAGAGCGGAGGAUUUGGUAUUGGGCGAUGUCGUAGAAGUGAAAUUUGGAGAUCGUAUACCAGCGGAUAUUAGGAUUAUCGAGUCACGAGGAUUUAAAGUGGACAACAGCUCGCUAACUGGCGAAUCCGAGCCACAAUCAAGGUCACCGGAGUUCACCCACGAGAAUCCAUUGGAAACGAAAAAUUUAGCAUUCUUCUCGACUAAUGCGGUAGAGGGUACGGCCAAGGGUGUGGUUAUCUGUUGCGGUGAUCAAACGGUCAUGGGUAGAAUCGCUGGAUUAGCAUCCGGUCUUGAUACAGGUGAAACGCCAAUCGCUAAAGAAAUCCAUCAUUUCAUUCAUCUUAUCACCGGUGUGGCCGUGUUCCUUGGAUUAACGUUCUUCUUAAUCGCCUUCAUUCUUGGAUAUCAUUGGUUGGACGCCGUUAUCUUCCUUAUUGGUAUAAUCGUCGCUAACGUGCCGGAAGGAUUACUCGCAACCGUAACCGUAUGUCUUACGCUAACCGCAAAGAGGAUGGCCUCGAAGAAUUGUCUAGUUAAGAAUCUCGAAGCCGUAGAAACUCUUGGUUCUACGUCCACCAUCUGUUCCGACAAAACCGGUACCCUGACACAAAACAGAAUGACCGUUGCUCACAUGUGGUUCGAUAAUCAGAUCAUCGAGGCUGACACCACGGAAAAUCAAUCUGGCUUGCAAUACGAUCGUACGAGUCCUGGUUUCAAGGCAUUGUCGAAAAUCGCUACCCUCUGCAAUCGUGCCGAAUUUAAACCUGGUCAAGAGAACGUACCGAUCCUACAAAGAGAGGUCAAUGGCGACGCUUCCGAGGCUGCUCUACUCAAAUGUAUGGAACUGGCUCACGGUGAUGUCAUGGGUAUGAGGAAGAAGAACAAAAAGGUCUGCGAAAUUCCGUUCAACUCUACCAACAAGUAUCAAGUAUCUAUCCACGAAUCCGACGAUCCUAACGAUCCCAGACAUCUAUUGGUCAUGAAGGGUGCCCCAGAAAGGAUCUUAGACAGGUGCUCGACCAUUUUCAUCGGCGGAAAGGAAAAGGUAUUGGACGAGGAAAUGAAGGAAGCAUUUAACAACGCAUAUCUCGAACUCGGUGGGCUCGGUGAACGUGUACUUGGUUUCUGCGAUUUCAUACUCCCGUCCGACAAGUUCCCGAUCGGCUUCAAAUUCAAUUCCGACGACCCGAACUUCGCGGUCGAUGGACUCCGCUUCGUGGGCCUGAUGUCUAUGAUCGACCCGCCCAGGGCUGCGGUACCCGAUGCGGUCGCUAAAUGCCGAUCCGCUGGUAUCAAGGUCAUUAUGGUCACCGGUGACCAUCCGAUCACUGCCAAAGCCAUUGCCAAAUCCGUCGGCAUCAUAUCCGAAGGUAACGAAACCGUCGAGGACAUUGCUCAGCGGCUGAACAUUCCCGUAUCCGAGGUAAAUCCUCGCGAAGCCAAGGCCGCAGUUAUCCAUGGAACCGCACUCAGGGAACUGAAUUCCGACCAACUGGACGAGAUCCUCAGGUACCACACCGAAAUUGUGUUCGCCCGUACCUCGCCACAACAGAAACUCAUUAUCGUCGAGGGUUGUCAACGAAUGGGCGCCAUUGUAGCCGUAACUGGCGAUGGCGUAAACGAUUCACCAGCUUUGAAGAAAGCCGAUAUCGGUGUAGCUAUGGGUAUAGCUGGUUCAGACGUCUCCAAGCAAGCAGCCGACAUGAUUCUACUCGAUGACAACUUUGCCUCCAUUGUGACGGGCGUGGAGGAGGGUCGCUUGAUCUUCGACAACUUAAAAAAAUCUAUCGCAUAUACUCUGACCUCGAACAUACCAGAGAUCUCCCCUUUCCUGGCGUUCAUUCUCUGCGACAUACCGUUGCCACUUGGUACCGUCACUAUUCUCUGCAUCGAUCUGGGAACCGACAUGGUACCAGCAAUAUCUCUGGCUUACGAGCAGGUGGAGUCCGACAUAAUGAAGCGACAGCCACGUGAUCCACACCAUGACAACCUCGUUAACGAAAGGCUUAUCUCGAUGGCGUACGGACAGAUCGGCAUGAUCCAAGCUGCUGCUGGUUUCUUCGUUUACUUCGUCAUCAUGGCUGAAAAUGGUUUCCUACCGCUUCAUCUCUUUGGUAUCAGAAAGCAAUGGGACUCAAAGGCGAUCAAUGAUCUCAGAGAUAGUUAUGGCCAGGAAUGGACUUAUAGGGACAGAAAGACGUUGGAAUUCACCUGUCAUACGGCAUUCUUCGUGUCGAUCGUAAUUGUACAAUGGGCUGAUCUGAUAGUCUGUAAGACGCGCCGUAAUUCGAUCAUCCAUCAGGGAAUGAGAAACUGGGCGCUUAACUUUGGUCUCAUCUUUGAGACUGCACUAGCUGCGUUCCUAAGCUACACACCUGGUAUGGACAAGGGUCUUCGCAUGUUCCCGCUUAAAUUCGUCUGGUGGCUACCAGCCCUGCCGUUCAUGUUCGCCAUUUUCAUCUACGACGAGACGAGACGAUUUUAUCUCCGCCGAAAUCCUGGUGGCUGGCUAGAACAAGAAACUUACUAUUAGAGAGACACGGAGGAGAACUUCACACACGCAGAGCGCGCGAGCAAAAGAAAGAGAGAAAGAAAGAAAGAAAGAGAGAGAGAGAGAGAGAGAGA